CAUUGAUCAAACCUCCUACGCCUUGAUCACACCUUCAACACGUUGAUCUAACCUCCAACGCAUCCAGCGAAAGUCACAGAUAUCGCACAAAUUCCCGACGUGUUGGCCUCCGGUGAGUGAGCGAUGGCAACCGCACUGAGUCCAGCUGAUAAACGGACUGGCGCUGUGCAACUCCAGUGGCCACCGACGCGUGGUGCGUCGGGAGCAGUCUCGUCUUCGUACGAUGACUGUAUGGUUCUCUCAAUCGUUCGAUUAGCGACAAUGGAGCUCCCUAAUUGGAACCAGAGCGAUGUCUAUGACGUGUUAUGGAGGCUUCUGGCCUUGCAAUCAUGCUGACAUAAGCACAUGCGCGCUUUGUGCGUCCUACACAAACGAUUCACGCUACGAUCGCCUGCACGAACGCUGCAGCGUAUUCUUUCGUGGGUGCUCGCUUAAUGAAUACGAUAGGACGCACAAUCAGCGCUGGUGCCGCAAGCCUUCGGGAUGACUGCAAUUGCUCAGUUUUCGCUGCCGUUGGCGAUCAGUCACCGAUGGCGUUGGUUCUUGCUUCGACACAUCGGAAGAUUCCAUCGCCUUCCGACUGCGACUCCCAAGGAUUAUUCAGACUCAGGCCAGAGGGAGAUUAGAUAGUGAACUCAUAAACGUUAAACCAGCAACUGAUAUUUUAGCAUGUUAACUCCUUCAUCAACUUCCGCCUUUGAACUGGAACUUCUAAUUUUCUUCAAUUUCCAUUCCAACAUUUUGAGCCAGCAUGCAGCCGGUUAGGACACGGCAGACCGCCUUUCUUGUGUCCAACCUCCACUGUGCAUCAUGUGUACAAAGUAUAUCGAAGGCGCUCAGAAAGCUUGAGCCAGCCCCAGUUUCGAUAGGACAUUCAAUUGUCGACCACACGAUCACAGUCACUCACUCUGACCAACUGUCAGAGCAAACAAUCAAACAGACGCUGGAAGAUGAAGGCUACGAAGUGCAGGCAAUCAUUGCCAACCCUCUGUCUCACAGCCCAAGGGUCCUUGCAGAAGAUUCGGGCGAAGCAGGCCUCGAACAUGAACGCCCAAAAAGUUUGCAGCUUCUAAUGUCUAAUACAAGUCCCAAAGCACAGCAACAAUUGAAGGAACGUCAUAGAUUGAACUGUAAACAAUGUCAACUCGAACAAGGAGAGGCGGCGCCCCAGCUUCCGGAGAUCCAAAUGGUGCACGAUCCGGGAUCAGCAAGUCUUGUCGCAAUUGACCCUACGCCCAACUUGCAGACCUACAUCGUAGCUCUCACUAUCGAUGGGAUGACUUGCGCUUCUUGCGUGAGUACUGUUACAAAAGCAGUGGAAUCGAAGCCUUGGGUCUCUUCUGCGAACGUAAAUCUUCUCACAAAAAGUGCCACAGUCUGUAUUCAGGGCAAGGAGCAUGCAAAUGAAUUGGUAUCAAUAAUAGAGGACGCUGGUUAUGACGUUACACUGGAGAAAUUAGAGGAAAAACCCGAACCAUCGAUGGACUCAUCCCAAACGACGUUGCAAGAUACUUGGAAAGCGACGUACACUAUCGGCGGCAUGACGUGCAGUUCGUGCGUUGGAAACAUUACAAGGGCGCUGAGUGAAUUCCCCUGGGUCAAAAGUGUGAACAUCAGUCUUGUUGCGGGCAGUGCCGUGGUUGUUUUCACUGGUAAGGACCAUCUGAAGGAAAUUGCAGAGAGCAUCGAAGACGCCGGAUACGAAGCAAGCUUGAAUCUAGUCACCGACGCAGGCCCUGUUCGCUCCCUAGCAAAAGCUAGUCGGACCGUCCAGAUUCGGAUUGAAGGAAUGUAUUGCGAACAUUGCCCCAACAAAGUCAUGACAGCAGUCUCGCGGUUUGAGGACGUCAAAGUCGAACAGGCGCCCACCAUGAAGGAUCCAGUCCUCACCAUCAUUUACAUUCCCAGUGCUCCGGAACUCACCAUUAGGGUCAUUCUCGCGUCCAUAUCCAGCGCCGAUACAGCCUUUCAUCCUUACAUCUUUCACCAGAUGUCUAUAGAGGAACGAGCGCAGAAAAUGCACCUUCGUGAACAGCGGCGGAUACUUUUUCGUCUCUUGCUUGCGUUCAUGAUUGCCAUACCAACAUUUAUUAUUGGAAUCGUCCUCAUGAGCUUAGUCCCGAAGCACAGCCCGCCUCGGAAAUACAUCAUGAGUCCACUUUCUGGAGUGUCUCGAGCAGAGUGGGCACUCUUCAUAUUGGCCACGCCAGUGUACUUCUUUUCCGCUGAUCUCUUCCACAGAAGAAUGAUCAAGGAGUUGCGAGCUUUAUGGAGGAGUAGAAGUACUACACCUGUCAUACAACGAUUUUAUCGUUUCGGCAGCAUGAACAUGCUCAUUUCGCUAGGGACGACAAUUGCCUAUGCGUCUUCAGUCGCUCAAAUGGCUGUUGAUGCAGCAUCGACUAGGAACUCACAGACUUCGGGACACUCAAAUCCAACAUACUUCGACUCCGUGGUCUUCUUGACCAUGUUCCUUCUUAUUGGCAGGUAUAUUGAAGCACACAGCAAAGCAAAGACAGGAGACGCUGUCGCCGAGUUAGGGAAACUCCGGCCAACAACAGCUCUUCUCAAAGCUGAAAACGGAUAUGCAACAGAGAAUGGCCGCUUCUUGGAUGGCUAUCAAAAAGUCAGCGUUGACUUGCUUGACUGUGGCGACAUUGUUCGAGUCCCACAUGGUGCUUCACCACCGUGUGACGGUACCGUCAUAGAUGGAUCUUCCACGUUCGAUGAAUCCAGCCUUACUGGGGAGGCAAAACCUGUCCCUAAAACCACCGGUGACGAAGUAUUUUCCGGUACUGUAAAUCUUGGGUCGGCAAUUUCGAUCCAGGUUACCAGUGUCUCUGGAAAUUCAAUGCUUGAUCAGAUAAUGAGGGUAGUCCGAGAAGGUCAAACCAAGCGUGCACCUGUUGAGCGCGUGGCAGACAGCAUAACUGGUUACUUCGUACCGGUCGUAUGUUUUCUCGCAGUUGCAACUUGGUUUGUCUGGCUAGGGCUAGGUUUAGGUGGACAAUUGCCAUCCAGCUGGCGUGAAAAUUCAGAAAGUUGGCCGUUUUGGUCUUUGCAGUUCGCAAUUGCUGUUUUUGUUGUCGCCUGCCCUUGCGGCAUCGGUCUCGCGGCGCCUACAGCACUUUUGGUUGGUGGCGGACUCGCCGCUAAGCAUGGCAUUUUGGUCAAAGGUGGAGGCGAGGCAUUUGAAGAGGCAAGCGAUUUGGACUGUAUCGUCUUCGACAAGACGGGGACUCUAACAGAAGGCGGUGAGCCUGUCGUCACCGACUUCCUGCAAGUGAAUGAAUAUCCCGAUGUCGCACUUGGCGAAGAGAGUAUCCUCUCUUUGGCCAGGGCGAUCGAGGAGGACAGCUCGCAUCCUCUUGCAAAAGCCAUUGUCAAUUUCAGCAAGACUCGAGUCACCCCAGACUAUGGCCAUGCAAUUCGACAGGAGUCGACAGAAUUCCCAGGCAAAGGCAUCAAAGGAACCGCGCAUCUUCCAGCGCCAAGUCUCAUCUAUGAUCAAAACGUUGAGGUUAUGGUCGGAAACGAGAAAUUCAUGAAAGAACAUGCUGCGGUAAUGCUGCCAGAUGCUGCCAUUCAUCUCGACAAAUGGAAGAAAGAAGGGAAAUCAGUCAUGCUAGUUGCUCUGAAGAUGAAGAUUUUCAAGACUCCGGACCGUCCCUACGGUUGGUGGGUUGUUGCUAUUCUUGCGGUAUCUGAUCCAAUCAGACCAGAAGCGCCACUUGUCAUUCGAGAGCUCCAGAAGAGGAAAAUCGACGUGUGGAUGAUAUCUGGAGAUAAUCCAGUGACCGCAUUUGCUGUCGGAGACCAACUUGGCAUUCACCGUGAGAACAUCAUUGCGGGAGUUUUGCCUGCAAUGAAGGCACAGAAAAUCAAAAUGCUGCAGAGUUCUCAGUCACAACAUGGAUCAAAGCGUGCAAAGGUGGCCAUGGUUGGAGAUGGCAUCAACGACACCCCAGCGCUUACGAGUGCAGAUGUCGGAAUCGCAAUUGGCUCAGGCUCCGAUGUGGCCAUCAGUGCCGCCUCAUUUGUUCUCCUCACAUCUGACCUCUCUUCUUUGUUGACGCUAAUCGACCUGAGUCGAACCGUCUUCAGACGCAUCAAGUUUAAUUUUUUCUGGGCUUUGGUGUAUAACCUCAUCGCUCUUCCCAUUGCAGCGGGCGCACUCUACCCAAUUACCACCAAUGGAGGGAGCCACAUAAGGCUUGAUCCUGUCUGGGCGGCCUUAGCUAUGGCAUUGAGCAGUGUUAGCGUUGUCACCAGCUCUUUACUUCUUAGGAGUAGACUGCCUGGAGUUGGGUUUAGGAUUUCACGAAAAGAACAGAGAAACAGAGUAGAGUAAUGAUACCCAUAGCUAUGAAUAUCAAUUAGCAGACCAUUUUGAAGACAGA